AUGAAUGGGUCGCCUCGCCAGAUUUGGGUGACUGCUCGCUUUGGAUCAGCAACCCUAGAAUUUGACGACGGAUUAUGGCAGUGUCAAGUCACCGCCAGUGAUUUUACAACGCAAGAUGCGUUGGCCUCAGAACCAGCCCGAUUAGUGGUCAGAGUCAGCCCUCAGCGGCCGCAGAUAGAGUAUGCUGGUGGUGUAAUUCUACCGGGUGGCAACGUGACAGCCCGAGCAGGUGAGAUUGCUACGCUCACUUGCACUGCUCGCUAUGGGAAUCCUCCGCCUCUAAUUAAAUGGUAUCUGAGGGACACAGAGCUGAGAACCACGAGACCGCAAGUAAAUGCCACGGAGAUUGAUAACCCACGAACGUGGUCCACCAGGAAUGCGCCAGAAACUCGGCUCGUCGGAGUGCCAGUAGGGCCAUUAGAAGAAGGCCGGGAUAAAUUAGAAAUCCGAUGCCUCGCAAAUGCAAAUCCAACAGCAUCAAUUCUAUGGAAGCGAAUAAAAGGCGCAGACAUGGAAGUUGUCGGUAUUGGGGAAGCUUUGAUGUAUUCACCAGUCCAUAGAAAUCACGCCGCGACCUACGUCUGCUCGGCAUCCAAUACCGAGGUUCCGCCGAAAAUAGACUCUGUUGGACCAGAUCGAUUGUCAACCGCGCUCCUUUACUCCGGAGCUUCUUUUGAAUGCAAUGCCGACGCUAUGCCACCUGCUGAAUACAGAUGGGAACAAGUGUUUACUGAUGGAAGACCUCCAGCUGAGUGUGGGAAAGGUCAACGUCUAAUUCUUACAAAUGUUACUUAUGAGCAACAGGGUCAAUAUAUAUGUCUAGCGUCCAACACGAUAAAUGGAAAAGUUCGUGAAGUUAAGAGCAUUCCAGUAUCUCUGGAAGUUGUUGGAGCUCCGAGGAUAGUGAAGCCAUUAAGCACCGAGAAAUACAUCGUAUCGACAACAGAAGGAAGUCCCGCCCGAUUGGAAAUCAGAUUGUGCUCGAAUCCAAAGCCGCGACUGGUCGCCUGGGAGUGGGGCAGCACGAGACUCCAUGCCGGUGAAGUGUUGGAGUCGCGGUACAGAGCAUUAGACUUAGAACCACUGCCAUUAGAAGAUUGUUUUGUUGCAACUUUAGAAUUAACUAGUACUGUUAAAGAGGACCAAAGACUUUAUUACGUAAUUGUUGAAAAUGACCGCGGGAGCGAUAGGCGGACAUUGAUGCUGCGAGUAGACGAACCAGGCCAGAUACCGCUGGUUAUUGGAGCAGUGGCGGGAUUCACCGUCCUCUCGACAGAUGUUGCGUCUCCAGAAACACUGGCCCGACGCUUCAGCAAGUUCACUGCGUCAAAUGCAAUGAUAGAAGAUCCAAGACUGAGCGUGGAGCCAAUGGAGCGAGCGAGAGAACAAUUUACAUCAGAGAAACGUCAAAAUCACGUGUUGAAGCCAGUACCGACUCAACAAUACCAACAAGACUGUUAUCAACUAAAUCGGCAUGAGCCUCUGCACGAGCCACACUACCAGAGGCAUCAUCACCACACCCAACAACUUCAUGGACCUCAGUACACACUUCAGGCGGAGCAGCUGUUUCUCAAGCCAGAACGUCUAGCCACCUUGAAGCCACACAACAAGAAGGAAAAACCGCCCCAAUAUACAACCUUCAAGCCGACUAUCAAUCAUUGA